GCCCACCGCCUGGAGGAGCCCACCUGGUCACAUCCCCACCCCCAGGCCAUGGAGGCUGCCAGCGAGGACCCUAUGGUGUUCAGCGCCCACUCCCUACCCAGCGACCCCCGGCUCUGGCCCCCUGUGACCAACGCGCACCUGGGCACACGCGUGUACCAUGACGUAAUCCACAUGAGUGGCCUGUACAACGGGACUCAAGGGGACACGCACCGGGCCGUUCUGCCCAGUCCACUCAAUGUGCGGCUGGAGGCCCCUCCAGGGUCAGUGGAGCCGCUAACAGAGACCUUCACCCUGGACACUCGCACAGGCUGCUUCGUGCACACCCUGGAAGGUCCCAGCUCCAGGGCCACCCAGUGCAUCUACGCCCACCGCACACUGCCACACGUCCUGGUAUUCAGCGUGUCCAUCACCCGUGUGGCCCCUGGCACCCAUCCGGUUUCCAUGAUAUUGCAAUCAGCUUUCUCCCCAGAGAGCCCUGACCUGGACCUGCACCAGGGUCCUGAGUUCCAGGGAGCCCGGUACCUGUGGGGCCGCACACUGGCCCCUGAGCAACCCGGAGGAGGGCCCCAGGAGGUGCACAUGCUGUGGACACCACCGCCGCCUGUCCUGACCCUGGGGACGGACGAGGAGGCCAGGACCUGGGACUUCCUGACUGUGGUGGGCAGCACCCAGGCUGAAGUCCAGGCUUGCCUGGCUGAGGCCCAGCAGCUUCAGGCCAGGGGUGCCCUGUACACGGCCCACACGCAGGCCUGGACCCAGCUCUGGGCGAGCUGCGGCCUGGACGUGGAGGGGCCCCUGGGCCUGCGACAGGCUCUGUGCAGCUCCCUCUACUACCUGCUCAGUGCCCUGCCCCCGCCUGGGACCCCAGGAUUUGUCUGUCAUGGCCUCAGCCCUGGGGGCCUCUCCAACGGGAGCCGAGACGAGUGCUACUGGGGCCACGUCUUCUGGGACCAGGACCUCUGGAUGUUUCCUGUCGUCCUGCUGUUCCACCCAGAGGCCGCAAGGGCCAUCCUGCAGUACCGUGUCCGAACGCUGGGCGGAGCUCUGCAGAACGCUCGGAAUCUAGGUUACCAGGGAGCCAAGUUUGCCUGGGAGAGUACUGGCUCUGGCCUAGAAGUCUGUCCUGAGGAUAUCUAUGGCAUUCAGGAGCUCCACAUCAACGGGGCUGUGCUACUGGCCUUCGAGCUGUACUACCACGCCACGCAGGACCUGCAGCUGUUCCAGGAAGGCGGCUGGGAUGUGAUUCAGGCCGUGGCGGAGUUCUGGUGCAGCCGUGUGGAGUGGAGCCCUGUGGAGCGGAAGUACCACCUAAGGGAUGUCAUGCCCCCUGACGAGUAUCACACAGGCGUCAACAAUUCGGUGUACACCAACGCCCUGGUCCGGAACAGCCUGUACUUUGCCACUGUCCUGGCCCGGGACCUGGCUCUCCCUGUCCCUGACCGAUGGCUGCAGGUGGCUGAUGGCAUCAAGCUGCCCUUUGACCCCGAGCGGAACUUCCACCCAGAGUUUGAGGGGUAUCAACCUGGAGAGGAGGUAAAGCAGGCAGAUGUGGUACUCCUGGGGUACCCGGUCCCCUUCCCGCUGAGUCCCCACAUCCGCCGGAGGAACCUGGAAGUCUAUGAGCCCGUGACAUCCCCCCAGGGUCCUGCCAUGACCUGGAGCAUGUUUGCUGUGGGCUGGAUGGAGCUGAAGGAGCCAACACGGGCACGGGGCCUGCUGGAGCGGAGCUUCACCAACGUAACAGAGCCCUUCAAGGUGUGGACAGAGAACUCAGAUGGCUCUGGGGCCGUGAACUUCCUGACGGGCGCUGGCGGCUUCCUGCAGGCCAUGCUGUUUGGGUGCACAGGCUUCAGGCUCACCCUGGCAGGUCUAAGCUUUGACCCUGUGAAUCUGCCCGACAUCUCUGGCGUGAGCAUCUUGGGUGUUUUCCUCCAGGGCAGCAGACUGGACUUCUGCUUCUCCAGGGACUGUGUGACAGUCAAGGUCACAGUCCCCACGGGGCCCCCAGGCCCCAACCUGGAGGUGGAGCUGUGGCCAUCUGGGUUGCGGCUCCCCCUGCCGCCAGGACACAAGGUCUCCUUCCCUCUCUCAGCUGGUCGGAUACAGAGGAGCCUGCUGUCGCUGCCAGAAGAUGGCCAAGCUCCCCAGGCCACCACCAGUACCAGGGCCAUGUGGCACCCCUGAGCCCAGCACCCACCCUCUUCUUGCGUCCCUGACACACCCCUGGCCCCAGCACCCUACCCCAUUCU